AUGGAUGUAUUGCAGGGACUCAUUGACAUUUUGAGACUUGGUGAACGAGAUGCUUCUAACAUUGGGAAACAAACAUUUCUGCCUGAUUCUUUUAUAGGAGGUCCUAGGGAUAUGCGUCAACGGUAUAUGGAUGCCAUUGCGUUAGUACAAUGUUUUGGAAAACCCGACUUAUUUAUAACGAUGACAUGUAAUCCAUCUUGGCCAGAGAUAGAGGAACAUUUGGCACCAAGUGAUGAGGCACAAAAUAGACCUGACUUGAUUAGUAGAGUAUUUAAAGCCAAAAUAGAAGAGCUGAAGACAGAUAUACUGAAACGAAAUAUCUUCGGAAAAGUUGUUGCUUUUAUGUACACCGUGGAGUUCCAGAAACGAGGUUUACCUCAUGCUCAUUUUCUUAUUAUAUUAUGUAAUGAGCAUAAACUGUUGACACCAGAGGCAUAUGAUGAAAUAAUUAGAGCAGAACUGCCGGAUUGUAAUACGGACCCAGAUUUGCAUAAGCUUGUAGUGAAGCAUAUGAUGCAUGGUCCUUGUGGUAGUUUAAAUCCAACAAAUACUUGUAUGAGGAAAAAGGGUUACUGCAAGUUCAAAUAUCCAAAAAUGUUUGCCGAUCAAACAUCAAAAGGACAUGACAGGAUUGCAUUUUCUGUACAGCACAAUGAUACAAAUGUAGAAAUAGAUGAGGUAAAAGAAUAUCGAUCUGCUAGAUGGGUAUCACCUCCCGAGGCUGGAUGGCGCAUCUUUCGAUUUCCUAUUAGUGAAAUGUCUCCGAGCGUUUACCGUCUUCAGCUGCAUCUUGAGGGGCAACAAUUUGUUUCUUUCAAGAAGAACAUGGAUGUAAAUGCAAUAGUAAAUAAUCCCAUGAUUAGGAAAAUCAUGCUAACAGAGUUCUUCUAUAUGAACAGAACUGAUCAUCAUGCUACGGAGCUGAAUCUAUUGUACAGAGAAUUUCCUGAACACUUCGUCUGGUCCUCUGGUGAAAAUUUUUGGGCACGUCGACAACGUCGUUCUACUGUUGGUCGCAUAGUAACAUGUCACCCAACAGAAGGUGAACGAUAUUAUCUUCGAUUAUUACUGACACACGUGCGCGGACCGACAUCUUAUGCAGAUCUUUUGAUGCCAGUUAUCACUUAUCAGAUGCCGUAUAGUCUAAGGCGUUUAUUUGCUACACUGCUGGUGUACUGCAACCCUACCAAUCCAAGAGAUCUAUGGGAGCAAUUUGAAGAGUCAAUGUCUGAAGAUUAUAAAAGACCUUCUACGGCAGGCAAAGAGGCGAAAGAGAUUCACUUUGAAAGAACUAUUACUCUUAGUGAAGAGGACGUGUUAUUGCAUAAGAAAUUAAACAAAAAACAACUGACAGCAUAUGAUCUGAUUAUUAAGAGAGUAUUUUCGAACAAAUCGGGUGCUUUUUUCGUCGACGGUCUGGGAGGAAUUGGGAAAACAUUUUUAUACCGGGCUUUACUAGCAACUGUACGUUCUAUGGGAUAUAUCGCUUUGGCACCUGCUACUUCUGGUGUUGCUGCUUCUAUUCUCCCUGGUGGGCGUACUGCACAUUCACGCUUUAAAAUUCCCAUUAAUAUUGAUGAGAACGUGACUUGCAAUAUUAGCAAACAAAGCGCACUUGCAAGUUUAAUCCGUGAUGCAAAGUUGAUUCUAUGGGAUGAAGCAUCUAUGGCAAAUAAAAGAAUGGUGGAACUUUUUGAUUUGCUGCUUAAAGAUCUUAUGGAUACAGAUAUAUUAUUUGGUGGAAAAGUUGUUGUUUUUGGAGGUGACUUCAGGCAGACUCUGCCCGUCGUGAGAAAUGGAAAAAGAGAAGAUUUUGUAAAAGAAAGUUUGUUAUAUUCUACCAUCUAG